AUGAUCGCCUCCAAGAAGAAAAAAUACGCGAUCAAAGACGAAGAAGACGAGCGCGACGUUGCCAACUUUCAAAAACGCGGAAAUCUGAGACUCCCGGAUUUGAUCAUUUCUGGCGAGAAAAAAUGCGGCACCAAGUCCUGGUGGGCUGACUCCGGCGAGGAUCUCUCUAGGCGACAGAUUCGAGUGACAAAGUCUCAGCUAGGCGUAGCUGGAAUGAGAAUCAAGGACUUUCUUCAAAAAGUCAAAAAAGAGUACGAAAAGCCCGCCGCGGAACAAGUCCCAUUUCUGCACCAAAUCCAGCCGCCGCUUGAUAAGUGGCCAAGCGAGGUCUACGUGAUAUCGGUGAUUUGCGAUCCAGUGAAGCGGCUUUUGUCGGACUUUGUCCACGUGACCGACGGGCACGGAAGCGUCGAGUGGCUCGAAAAGGACUCCUUCUUGUUUCCCUUCGCGAAUUUGACCUUUGACGAAAUGGUGAAAACUCAUCUUCCAAAGGCGAUUGAGAUUUUCGAAACUGGAAAGCCGGAGAAAUGGAAGCAGUUUCCUCUUUACUACAUGUUCAUCAGAGGAAUGUUUUCGGACAUUUUCGAGCUCGAUCGCCUUUUUGGACCGAAAUUCAUCCUCAUCGACGGAAACGAGCUGAAGACGGCGCCCUGGAUCGGACUGGACAAGGCGACGAGCGUGAUGGGACUGGACAAGUAUUUCACCAAGGAGCGAUUCAAGCAGCGAGAAGACGGAUUCUACUGUAUCAAGAAAGACGGAAGCGGGAACAAGUAUCCAAGCUACGAUUCUAGCGGCGAAGUCGACUGUAUGCCAGCCACGAAGGGAGUUACUGGACUUGGCAAGAAAUCUAUGUCCAGGGAAAGCGCGGAAUUACUGACGAAUUUCUACAAGCCCUUCUCCAAGAAAAGAUUUUCGAAUCUUAUUUAA